CAUGCAUAGCGAACACAAAGCGGAAGGCAGUUACGUGCACAAAACCCGUGGAUCGCUGUUGAUGGCGGGUCGUGGUGGGGAGUUGUUUGAACGAGUUUGUCUCUAGUUUGAACGAGUUUGAACCGGGAACGAGAGGUUGAGUUAAUCGGUCCAAACUUGAAGCUUUGGUCAUCAUGACCCGAUUUUCCUUCGCCUCAGUCUCGUGAUGCAACGCCAAUUCGUCCAGGUCAGUGGUGGGCUCACCACCCGGGUUUUGACACUCGGUACGCCCAUCACGGAGGCCCACCACUCGGCCUCCGCCCUCAAGCGCCUCAUUCUCGUCAUACCCGGCAAUCCCGGGCUGUCGUCCUACUACGAAGACUUCAUGCGCACCUUGUACCACGGCUUAGACGAAAGUGUGCCCGUCUGGGCUGUCGGCCACUUUGGCCAUGACCUUCCGCCUGCCACGCCCUCGCCCAGCGCCGCCUCUGAGCUACCCAAUUUAUCAGGUCAUGAAGCCUGGUACAAUUUAGAGGGGCAGAUCCAGCACAAAAUUCGGUUCAUUGAGGAGUUCAUACCGGCCAAUUGCCACCUGACAUUGGUGGGGCAUAGCAUCGGUUGUAAAAUGAUCCUGGAAGCCAUGGAUCGCCUGGCCACUGACCGACCACACCUCCGCUCGUAUUUCCUCUUUCCCACAAUUGAACGCAUGUAUCAAAGUCCGGAUGGAUUGCGGACUUGGAUAAUGUGCGCUUAUUUGCGGUGGUUGGUAAUCGUUUUGACUUACUGUUUGCGGCACAUGGUGCCGCGAGCUGUUUUGCGGCGCUUGAUUCGUUUUCAUAUGGGCGACUUGGCUUCAGACGUGUGUGUGGACACCACGUUGGAUCUGAUUCAUCCGCGGGUGACUCGCCAUGCAACCUAUUUAGCCUACACGGAACUGCUCACGGUCAACGAACUGGAAGUGGAAAAACUACGAGGCGUCUUACCCCGUAUCAGGUUCUAUUUUGGGACCAUUGAUCGCUGGUGUCCAAUGGAAUACUGUCAUCAAUUGAAGGCUCGGCUGCCUCAGGCUGACGUGGUCAUUUGUGAGCGGAAGAUCGAACAUGCUUUUGUCAUCCACUCGUCGCAUGAGAUGGGAAAGAUCCUAACCCAAUGGUACAAGGACGAUCACAAUAUGAAAUAAAGUCCACUGAACCAUUGAA